GGGAGGAGGAGGCAGACCUGCCCCUCCGGGGGGAGCGGGCAGGCAGAUGCCGGGCUGGGAGCGGCGGAGCCGCGGGACCCCGGCGGGUGGGGGCUUGGAGCGGCUGCCGCCCACCCCCCGGCUUCUCCCGGGGGGCUGCCGCUGGGAGAAGUGCUCACCUCGGGCUCCCCUCCCCGGGGCACGCUGAGCAGAGAGCGGGCGAGCCGGGCUUCCACAUCAUGGGGGAUGUGAAAUUGGUGACAACUACUCGAGUAUCCAAAACCUCCCUGACACUCAGCCCCUCAGUUCCUGCUGAAGCACCAGCAUUUACUCUUCCUCCUCGGAAUAUCCGGGUGCAGCUGGGAGCCACUGCAAGAUUUGAGGGAAAGGUCAGAGGCUACCCCGAACCUCACAUCACAUGGUACAGAAAUGGGCAUCCUGUCCCAGAAGGAGACCAUUAUGUUGUGGACCACAGCAUUCGGGGGAUAUUCAGCUUGGUAAUCAAAGGUGUGCAAGAAAGCGAUGGUGGUAAAUAUACCUGUGAGGCUGCAAAUGAUGGUGGGGUUCGUCAAGUGACUGUGGAACUGACAGUGGAAGGAAACUCCUUGAAGAAAUACAGCCUGCCAUCCAGUGCUAAAACCCCUGGAGGAAGACUUACUAUUCCUCCUGUGGAGCAUAGGCCAAGCAUCUGGGGAGAGAGUCCACCCAAGUUUGCUACAAAACCCAAUAGAGUUGUUGUGCGUGAAGGCCAAACAGGCAAAUUCUCAUGUAAAAUAACAGGACGACCUCAGCCUCAAGUAACUUGGUAUAAGGGUGAUAUUCAGUUGCAGCAAAAUGAGCGUUUCAACAUGUUUGAGAAAACAGGCAUCCAGUUCUUGGAAAUCCAAAAUGCUCAGCUUGCUGAUGCAGGAAUUUACAUAUGCACAGUGGUGAACAGUGCUGGGAAGGCAUCUGUGUCUGCAGAGCUCACCGUCCAAGGUCCAGACAAGACUGACACAUACACUCAGCCACUGUGCAUGCCGUCAAAACCAACAUUUGCUCCUAAAGCUGCUGAAAACUCAGAUUUCAAACAGGCAGCUAGCAAUGGGAUUGCCAAAGAGCUCAAAUCUAGCAGCACUGAACUCAUGAUUGAAACCAAAGACAGGGUGUCAGCAAAGAAAGAGGCCUUUUACAUCUCCAGAGAGGCCAAAGAGAGUAAUCAAGUACAGAACCAAGAAGUCAAUGCAGUAUCUCUUCAAGAACCUAAAGGAGGAACAAAGGGAUCUCAGGUCUUGCAGAAAACUUCAAGCACCAUUACACUACAGCCCAUCAAAGUGCAACCAGAACCAAAGGCAGAACCCCAGACCACUUUCAUCAGGCAGGGUGAAGACAGGAAAAGGACUGUGCAGCCCCUGAUGACAACUCAGCAAACCCCAUCUCUGACAGGACAAGUAGGUCCAAGGAGUAGAGAAGCAGAAAAUAGAGCUGGAGCCCGGAAGACUGUAAUGGAGGAGAAGAGGGAUCCUUUGGGAAUUCCUCCUCAGUUUGAAAGCCGCCCAGAGAGCCUGGAAGCAUCAGAAGGACAGGAGAUUAAAUUCAAGAGCAAAGUUUCAGGGAAACCAAAACCAAAUGUGGAGUGGUUCAAAGAGGGUGCACCUAUUAAAGCUGGAGAAAGUAUCCAAAUAUAUGAAGAAGACGGAGUUCAUUGCCUAUGGUUAAAGAAAACCUGCUUGGGGGACAGUGGAUCUUACAGCUGUGCAGCUUUCAACCCCAAAGGCCAGACUUCCACCAGCUGGUUGUUAACUGUCAAAAGGCCUAAAGUUGAAGAGGUUGCUCCAUGCUUUUCCAGUGUCUUGAAAGGAUGCACUGUGAGUGAAGGGCAAGACUUUGUGCUGCAGUGCUGUGUAGGAGGCAUACCUGUGCCUCAGAUCACAUGGCUUCUCAAUGAACAGCCAAUUCAGUAUGCCCAUUCCACUUUUGAAGAUGGAGUUGCAAAACUGACUGUCCAAGAUGCCUUACCAGAAGAUGAUGGCAUUUAUACCUGUCUGGCUGAAAACAACACAGGACAGGCAUCAUGCAGUGCUCAGGUCACUGUCAAAGAAAAGAAGAGCAGCAAGAAGGCAGAAAGUGCACAGGCUGUCAAGUUAAACAAGACUUUUGCACCCAUCUUCCUUAAAGGCCUGACUGACCUCAAGGUAAUGGAUGGAAGUCAAGUGAUAAUGACAGUGGAGGUAUCAGCUAACCCACCUCCUGAAAUUAUCUGGCUGCACAAUGGGAAAGAAAUCCAGGAGACAGAGGAUUUCCAUUUUGAGAAGAAAGGCAAUGAGUACAGUCUGUACAUCCAGGAAGUAUUUCCCGAAGACACAGGCAAAUACACCUGUGAAGCCUGGAAUGAAUUAGGAGAAACUCAAACGCAGGCUACAUUAACAGUACAAGAACCUCAGGAUGGUAUUCAGCCCUGGUUCAUUAGCAAACCAAGAUCAGUGACGGCAGCUCCUGGGCAAAAUGUCCUUAUAUCCUGUGCCAUUGCUGGAGAUCCUUUCCCCACUGUUCACUGGUUUAAAGAUGGGCAAGAAAUAUUGCCAGGAAAAGGGUGUGAAAUCCUGCAAAAUGAAGAUAUCUUCACACUGAUUUUGAGGAAUGUGCAGUCUCGACAUGCAGGGCAAUAUGAAAUUCAGCUCAGGAACCAAGUUGGAGAAUGCAGCUGCCAGGUGUCUCUGAUGCUGCGAGAGAGUUCAGCUUCCAGAGCAGAAAUGCUCAGAGAUGGGAGGGAAUCAGCCAGCUCUGGAGAGCGAAGAGAUGGUGGAGAUCAUGGUACACUAACAUUUGGUAGAACAAGUGGCUUCAGAAAGAGCAGCGGUGAAACCAGAGCAGCUGAGGAAGAGCAGGAAGACGUCCGGGGUGUGCUGAAGAGGCGAGUGGAAACUCGGGAACACACAGAGGAGAGUCUGAGGCAACAGGAAGCUGAGCAGCUUGAUUUCCGUGACAUUUUAGGCAAGAAAGUCAGCACCAAAAGUUUUUCUGAGGAGGAACUGAAAGAAAUCCCAGCCGAGCAAAUGGACUUCCGAGCAAACCUGCAGCGGCAGGUCAAGCCCAAGACCUUGUCAGAAGAGGAAAGGAAAGUUCAUGCUCCUCAACAGGUGGACUUCCGCUCUGUGCUGGCCAAGAAGGGCACCCCAAAAACCCCAUUGCCAGAGAAGGUGCCACCUCCUAAACCAGCUGUCACAGAUUUCAGGUCUGUGCUGGGUGCAAAGAAAAAGCCACCUGCAGAGAAUGGCAAUGCUGGCACCCCAGCACCAAAUGCCCGCACCAAUUCUGAAGCCCAGAAUGCCACCCCCAAUUCUGAAGCCCCUGUUGCCAAACCAGCAGUGAAAAAAGAAGAAAAGAAUGACAGGAACUGUGAACAUGGGUGCGCCGUGGUGGAUGGUGGAAUAAUUGGGAAAAAAGCUGAAAACAAACCAGCAGCAAGCAAACCACCACCAAGCAAGCCAACACCAAGCAAAGGAACAGCACCCUCUUUUACUGAGAAGCUUCAGGAUGCUAAAAUAGUAGAUGGUGAAAAAUUGGUCUUACAAUGUCGGAUUUCCUCGGAUCCCCCUGCAGCUGUCACCUGGACUCUGGACAGCAAAACCAUCAAAUCAUCAAAGUCCAUUGUCAUCUCCCAAGAAGGGACACUGUGUUCACUUACCAUUGAGAAGGUCAUGCCUGAAGAUGGAGGCGAAUACAAAUGCAUAGCAGAGAAUGCAGCAGGAAAAGCUGAAUGUGCUUGCAAAGUGAUGGUGGAAGACAGUUCAGCCACAAAGACCCCAAAGCCUACUGAGAAGAAGAUCAAGAAGCCUAAGACCACACUUCCCCCUGUGCUGUCAACAGAGAGUAGUGAAGCAACAGUGAAGAAGAAACCAGCUCCAAAGACUCCUCCAAAAGCAGCUACUCCUCCUCAGAUUACUCAGUUCCCAGAAGACAGAAAAGUCCGUGCUGGUGAAUCAGUGGAAUUGUUCGCCAAGGUGGUAGGAACAGCACCCAUAACUUGCACCUGGAUGAAGUUCCGUAAGCAGAUUCAAGAAAAUGAAUAUAUCAAAAUUGAGAAUGCUGAAAACAGCAGCAAGCUAACAAUAUCAUCAACGAAGCAGGAACACUGUGGAUGUUACACACUAGUUGUAGAGAACAAACUUGGCAGCAGACAAGCACAAGUCAACCUUACAGUUGUUGAUAAACCAGACCCACCUGCUGGAACACCUUGUGCAUCAGACAUACGGAGUUCCUCCCUCACUCUUUCAUGGUAUGGCUCCUCUUACGAUGGUGGAAGUGCAGUGCAGUCCUACACCGUGGAGAUCUGGAACUCAGUGGACAACAAAUGGACAGACCUCACUACCUGCCGCAGCACGUCUUUCAAUGUGCAGGACCUGCAGGCUGACCGGGAAUACAAAUUCCGCGUGCGAGCUGCUAACGUGUAUGGCAUCAGUGAGCCUAGUCAAGAAUCCGAGCUGGUCAAAGUUGGAGAGAAACAAGAAGAAGAACUUAAAGAAGAGGAAGCGGAGCUAUCUGAUGAUGAAGGGAAAGAAACAGAGAUUGAAUAUCGGACAGUUACUAUCAACACUGAACAAAAAGUUUCAGACGUCUAUAAUAUUGAAGAAAGACUGGGAUCGGGCAAAUUUGGACAAGUCUUUAGGCUUGUUGAAAAGAAGACUGGAAAAGUGUGGGCAGGAAAAUUUUUCAAAGCAUAUUCAGCUAAGGAAAAAGAAAACAUAAGGGAUGAAAUCAGCAUCAUGAACUGUCUACAUCAUCCAAAACUCGUCCAAUGUGUAGAUGCCUUUGAAGAAAAAGCCAACAUCGUUAUGGUCUUGGAAAUGGUUUCAGGAGGAGAACUCUUUGAACGAAUUAUUGAUGAAGACUUUGAACUGACAGAGAGAGAAUGCAUUAAAUAUAUGAGACAGAUUUCAGAAGGAGUUCAGUACAUCCAUAAGCAGGGUAUUGUGCACUUGGAUUUGAAGCCAGAAAAUAUUAUGUGUGUCAACAAGACUGGUACAAGUAUCAAACUCAUUGACUUUGGACUUGCAAGAAGAUUAGAAAGUGCAGGUUCUCUGAAAGUUCUCUUUGGGACACCUGAGUUUGUGGCUCCAGAAGUUAUAAACUAUGAACCUAUUGGAUAUGAAACAGAUAUGUGGAGUAUAGGAGUUAUCUGCUACAUCUUGGUCAGCGGGCUUUCUCCUUUCAUGGGAGACAACGACAACGAAACCCUGGCCAACGUAACCUCAGCAACGUGGGACUUCGAUGAUGAGGCUUUUGAUGAAAUCUCUGAUGAUGCCAAGGACUUUAUCAGCAAUCUACUGAAGAAAGAUAUGAAGAGUCGCUUAAAUUGUACUCAAUGUCUUCAGCAUCCAUGGCUGCAAAAAGACACCAAAAACAUGGAAGCCAAAAAACUUUCCAAAGAUAGGAUGAAGAAAUAUAUGGCCAGAAGAAAAUGGCAGAAAACAGGCCAUGCUGUCCGAGCAAUAGGAAGACUGUCAUCCAUGGCAAUGAUUUCUGGUAUGAGUGGGAGGAAGGCCUCUGGGAGCUCGCCUACCAGCCCGAUAAAUGCAGACAAACUAGAGAACGAAGAUGCUUUUCUUGAAGAAGUGGCUGAGGAAAAGCCCCAUGUAAAGCCAUAUUUCACUAAAACAAUCCUCGACAUAGAGGUUGUGGAAGGAAGUGCUGCUAGAUUUGACUGCAAAAUUGAAGGCUACCCUGACCCUGAGGUAAUGUGGUUCAAAGACGAUCAGCCUGUCAAGGAGUCCCGUCACUUUCAGAUAGAUUAUGAUGAGGAUGGGAACUGUUCUUUGACUAUUUCUGAAGUAUGUGGGGACGAUGAUGCCAAAUACACCUGCAAAGCUGUUAACAGCCUUGGGGAAGCAACAUGCACCGCAGAACUCCUUGUGGAAACAAUGGGAAAAGAAGGAGAAGGAGAAGGAGAAGGAGAAGAAGAUGAAGAGGAGGAGGAAGAAUGAAACAAGGC